AUGCGGCUGCAGGCCGUUGCGCUGCUGCUGUUGUCUCUGCCAUUCGCCUCAUGCAUCCGAGACGCCCGUCAUCAUAGUCGCCUGCCGUACAACCAGCUUCCGGCGUCAUCAGGCGCUGCCGCCGGCUCAGGCGCGAACGACGCGACCGGCGCUUAUGCGGACCUCUCCCCGCAGUCCUCCGCCGACCCGCUGCACGACUCGACGCCUUCCUCGACCGGCAAUAAUAGCUCCUACUAUGGAGGUUCGUCCCGCGCGGCGUCACAAUCUUUCUACAACAACAAAAAUGAGGGUUCUGUAGCUGCUUCAGGCGCCGCCCCCGGCGACACGACCGACCCCAAUGACCCUUUAGCCGACCUCAAACGGCCUCGAGCCUGCGAAGCAUGCCGCCAGCUCAAAGUGCGAUGUGAACCGGACAAUGAUCAUCCUACGGGUUCGUGCAAGCGCUGUGCCAAGGCUGGAAGGACGUGUAUCGUAACGGCGCCGACGCGCAAGCGUCAGAAAAAGACCGACAGUCGCGUAGCGGAGCUGGAGAAGAAGAUCGAUGCGCUCACGGCGAGCUUAAAUGCGUCGCGCGCGGCUGAUGCUGUCGUGUCAUCCGAUCUGGGGUCGCACCAGGGCCAGGAACAUGUGGCUCCUCGACGCUGGCUGGGGGGAGGACCUCCACCGCCGCGGAUUUCUCCGACUCUCGGAGGUGUCAAAAGGCACGUUUCGGGCGAGGUCAAGAAUCCUGCGGGAUAUGGCAAUGGUCUUUUCACCCCGUCCUCUGCGCGGCCGACCAGUCCACCGGGUGCUGCUGGCGGAACGGCUUCAUCGUCCGCUUUUACGUCGGGCCCGACGGUAGACCCCGUUCUGCGGUCUGACGGCAGCAAUGAAUUUGCCGAUGUCAUCGAUCGAGGUAUUGUCGAUGUGGAGAACGCGAGGAAGGCCUUUGAUCGAUAUGUUAGUGACUUUGCUCCCAUGAUGCCCACGGUCGUCUUCCCGCCUGGAACGACGAUGGGCACCGUUCGACGCACGAAGCCGGUGCUAUUUCUUGUCAUUCUUUCCGUCACGAUCGGGGCCUUCCAGCCGGGCGUCCAGAUGCAAUUGAUUCACGAGGUCCAUCGCGUGCUUGCGGAUCGGGUGAUCAUUAAAGGCGAGAAGUCGCUGGAGUUGGUGCAGGCCAUCAUAGUGUCGUGUAUGUGGUAUGCGCCUCCGGACCGCUUUGAAGAACUCAAGUUCUACCAGUUCAUCCAUAUUGCGGUCGUGAUGUCGUUGGACAUUGGCAUGGGCCGACGGACCAGGAAGAAGGGGACCAAGCAAUUGGGUCUGUUGAAGGAGAUCCUUGGAAAGAAAGGGGCGCUUUUAGACCCGGACGCGCUGGAGACGCGACGGGCCUGGCUGGGCUGUUAUUUCCUGGCCGUGUGUGCGUCGAUGGCUCUGCGCCGGCCGCUGCUGGUCCGAUGGCAUCCGUACAUGGAUGAGUGUAUCGAUAUUCUGCAGAACUCGCCGGACGCCCUGCCGUCGGAUCGGCUGCUGAUCUACUGGACCAAGUUGUCUCACAUUGCGGAGGAAAUCAGCUUCCAGUUUUCGAUGGAUGACCCGGCCAGCAAUCUGUCAUUGCAUGAUGCCAAAGUCCAGUAUGCUCUCAAGGGGUUUGAGAAGCAACUGGACCAAUGGCGCGAAGAAGUGGAUCCAGAGUAUUAUACCCAUGAUGGUCUGACGUUGUAUCCAGCCGUGUUGAAACAUGCCGAACAUGUUUUGAAUAUCUAUAUGCACGAGAUUUCAAUGCACACAGACCAUAAUAUCGAUGAUUUCCGGCCACCGUUCUGGGGUUCGUUUCGAGAGCAGCCCCAGAUGGAUCGUGCGUCGGCCGCCCAUGUGGAUGCGCUGACGUCGUGUUUGACGUCGAUCCACGCGACUCUGGAAGUGAUGAUGUCGCUCGACCACGUCACGAUUGUGUGUCUGCCGACCAUCUAUUUCGCGCGAACGUCGUAUGCUUUCGUGGCACUGCUCAAGUUGUUUGCGGCCGUCACCCAGAACAACAGUCCUCUGGGCCAGGUUUUCUCUCCGGCUGAUCUGAGGGUGGAAGAACUUCUGGACAAGAUGAUUGCGCAUCUGAAGAUCAGCGGCAGCCGGCCAGGAGGGCGGACGCCAGGCAAAUUUUGUAUGAUUCUGAAUCUGCUGAAGAAUUGGUUCUUGAAUCGGAAGGACAAUGACGACCCAUGUCAGCUAGCAAGGAUGCCUGUGGAGAAGGAGGAGCAGAGGCCUAGCAGUAAGUCUGAGACAAGAGAUGCCCCUGGGCAGGCUGGGCAAGGGCAAUCUGGUCAAUCGACGUCCGACUCCCGCCUCCAUCUCCUAAGUGAGGUAGCCAUGGGCGAGCCAAGCAAGACAUCUAGUACGGAACAAUCACAAUCGCCUGGCAAAGCGUCUUUCCCUCAGCAUGCGGUCAAUGUUGGUGUAAGUGUCGAUCCUGGGAAUGCAGACAGUUCGUCCGCCACACCGAGUGCUGGCGGCCCGAUCAGCGCAACAGACACGACAGAGACAUGGUCUCAAUACCCUUCAGUGCCUGUAGCCGCAACAGCCGAACCGUCCUUUUAUUCCCAGCAGCAGAUCGCCUUCACGCAGCAAGCCGGGUUCGAUCCCAGCAGCAACCCGAUCAUGUCCAACGACGUGAUGCCGGCGGGGUCGCAGCCUGCAUACGCGGGUUUUCUGCCCGAGCUAGGGGUGCAGAUGGGCUUUGACCCGGAGGGCCUCUUCGCGCUGGGCAAUAUGCUCGACGACGGGUUUUUUAACCUGCCGAUGAUGGACGGGAAUCAGAAUUUCUACAUGUCUUGA